AUGAAUCAGCAGUCAGCCCAAGAGAAAGCAGAGGCCUUAAUCGGCGCUCUAGAAAAGUAUGGUCAAGGUGACUACAUCGGGGAGUCAAUUAGCCAGUUAGAACACUGUCUACAGGCGGCUCAUCAGGCCCAUAAAGCGAAUGCUCGUGAUGAGUUGGUCAUUGCGGCUUUAUUGCAUGACAUUGGUCAAAUUAUUCCGUUAGAAUCAACCAAGGAGGUGCGUAUGAAUCUUCGCGAAAGCAGCGACAAUGUCGGCCGAGUCGGCCAUGAAGCCAUCGGCGCAUCAUAUCUCCAGUCCCUUGGAUUCAGCGAGACAGUCUGUCGCUUGGUACAUAGUCAUGUCGCUGCGAAGAGGUACCUUACUGCUACCAACCACGGAUACCACGAAGCUCUAUCAUCUGCCUCGCAAAAGUCGCUGGCAUUUCAAGGUGGCCCGUUCCAAGGUGCGGAGCUUGAACUUUUCGAGCAAGAUCCACUUCGAGAUGAGAUGGUCUCACUUCGACUUUGGGACGAUGCUGCCAAAUUGGAGGGAAUCGAGGACAUUACGCCUCGUGCUGGGGUUUAUCUGGACAUGGUUAUCGCGCAUUUGCUCCGAGAUGCCUGA